UUUAACUUUGAGUGGUUUAAUUAUAAAAGUUAAAUAAAAUUAUUUAAUUCGCAACUAUGAUUUACGUAUAUUUUUUAUUUUUCACGAGCAUUAUAUCCUUCGCUCAAACUUUUAAGAUUACGGAUGUACUAAAGAAAGAUAAUCCAGCAUAUGAUGAAACUACUAUAUCUCCAGUUAAUGCCUUAAUUAACGAUUCUAUUCAAAUUAUUGACGUUACAACUUCUAAUGAAACAGGUGCAGUAACACCUGCUAUCGAUAUCGAAAUUGACACUGACAUUGCUAAAACAAAAAUUAAUAAAACUACAACAACAACCUCAACACCUCGUAAGAACGCUGUAUCACAAUUUCCAAUAAAACAAUUAGUAACACCAAUAACAACAAAAGAAGAAAGACCAGUCUCUCUCUACGAAAAACUAUCGGCGGUAGUAGGAUUAGUGAUGGGACAAAAGAUAUCAGUGCCUGGAAUGGGACACAGUGUACCAAUCAGUUUGUUUAGAUAACAUUAUCUAAUAACAUCAUUAAUGUUUGAUUAGAAACAAUUGUUAUUUAUAAUUUUUUAAUAAUAUAUUAUAUUUUUUUAAUUUAUAUUUAUUUUAUGUAUAUAUGAAAUAAUAAAUUUAAAA